CCCGCUCUCCGCGGCGGUACACUUCCGGGUUCGGCCAGAGCGCAGCCAUUGUCCCGCGCGCGGACGCCUGUUUAAGGCUCCGCACUACAGCCCUUAGGAGCUAACUCGGAGCGGCCUUGUGGAUGCUGACUAGGGGAGGGACCAGAUUAGUUCAACCCGUCUCAGACGGGACACAGAACCGAGGCAGGGGGCUGCUUAACCCGAGAGCGUCCAGCCACAGAGCCGUGCGGGGCACUGAGGCGGAGACUGGCCGGACCCGAGCAGCGGGCCCGGACCCCAGUUCAGUACCCGGCCGUGCCUGGAGGACAGUAUGGAAGGGCAGGAUGAGAAGCUCCCAGGACCCCUUAAGGCCUGCACACAGUUUCUGAUUCAAGAAUCAAUAGCACUUGCUUCCAGUGUCAGAAGAUUUGAGAAGGAGAAAAUAUACAUGAAUGGACUGCCACUUGACAGGUCCAGUUAUUGCACCCUACAGAGAGAAACUUGAGGAAGCUACAAAGGAAUGGUCUUUUUUCAAGGACUCUCUCCUUCCUCAAGAGAUUAACAUCAAGGUUGAGGGAGAAGAUGCUGGGUCACUGGCCAUCCCAUCCCAGGAAGAAGUGAACUUCAAUAUUGUAACUGUGGACUUUACUCAUGAGGAACAGGAUACUUUGAACCCUGCUUAUAGGAUCCCUGACAGAAGUGUGAUCCUGGAGAACCACAGGAACCUGGUCUCUUGGGACUUGGCAACUGCACUUGGAAGGAAAGAAUCAACUUCAAAACAGAGCAUUUUUGAUGUGGAAUCAUCACCUGGAGUAAAGAUAGAAAGGUUGACAAGAGAUGAUCCUUGGCUAUCUUCAUGUGAAGAAGUUCAUAAUCAUAAGGAUCAGUUGAAGAAGCAACAGGAAAAGCAAGAGAGACUUUUUCAGGGAAUGGCAGCCACUCAAAAGAAAGCUAUUAUUCAUGAGAAGGUUUGCAAAAGUGAUGAAUUUGAGAAGAGUGAUCUAAAUCCCAGCCUUCUUUCACUCCCAGUGAUACCCAUAAGAAACCAUUUUCAUAAACAUUUGUCACAUGUUAAAAAAUCUCAUUAUAAUUCUGUUGUAAACAGUUAUCAGAAGAUUAAUGACAGUGAGAAAUUAUGUGAAAAUAAUGAAUGUGGAAAACUCCCUCAGAGCAUCCACCUUAUUCAGUUUACAAGAACUCAUAAAAGAGAUAAGUCCUAUGAAUUUAGUGACACUAUUCAACCUUUUAGCCACAGAGCAUCCCUAAAUAUACAUGAAAAAAUUUAUGAAGAAGGUAAGACCUUUGAUUUUAAGGAAUGUGGGCAAGUUUUGAACCAUGACAUAUCCUUUAAUGAACAGCAGAAAAUUCCUAUUGAAGAGAGUCAGUAUAAAUGUAGUAAAACUUCUCAGAAUUCAUCCCGUGCUCAAAAUAUGAGAAAUAAUUCUGAAGAAAAACCUUUUGAAUGUAAUCAAUGUGGGAAAGCCUUUAGCUGGAGCUCACAUCUUGUUGCACAUCAAAGAACUCACACAGGGGAGAAACCUUAUGAAUGUAAUGAAUGUGGAAAAUCCUUCAGCCGGAGCUCCCACCUCGUUUCCCAUCAAAGAACCCAUACAGGAGAGAAACCUUAUAGAUGUAAUCAGUGUGGGAAAUCCUUUAGCCAGAGCUACGUGCUUGUGGUACACCAGAGAACUCAUACUGGAGAGAAGCCUUAUGAGUGCAACCAAUGUGGAAAGUCAUUCAGGCAGAGCUACAAACUAAUUGCACAUCAAAGAACACAUACUGGAGAGAAGCCCUAUGAAUGCAGUCAGUGUGGGAAAUCAUUUAUCCAGAGUUAUAAGCUUAUUGCACAUCAAAGAAUUCACACUGGAGAAAAACCCUAUGAAUGCAAUCAGUGUGGAAAAUCCUUUAGUCAAAGUUAUAAACUUGUUGCACAUCAGAGAACUCACACAGGGGAAAAACCUUUUGAAUGUAAUCAGUGUGGAAAAUCUUUCAGCUGGAGCUCUCAGCUAGUGGCACAUCAAAGAACUCACACUGGAGAGAAACCCUAUGAAUGUAAUGAAUGUGGAAAAUCUUUUAACCGCAGUUCUCACCUUAUUAUGCAUCAGAGAACUCAUACCGGGGAAAAACCCUAUGAAUGUAAUCAGUGUGGGAAAUCCUUCAGCCAGAGUUAUGUUCUUGUUGUGCAUCAGAGAACUCAUACUGGAGAAAAGCCCUAUGAAUGCAGUCAGUGUGGGAAAUCCUUCAGGCAGAGUUCAUGUCUCACUCAACACCAGAGAACUCAUACUGGAGAGAAACCCUAUGAAUGUAAUCAGUGUGGGAAAACAUUUAGUUUGAGUGCUCGACUUAUUGUACAUCAAAGAACUCACACUGGAGAGAAACCAUUUACAUGUAAUCAGUGUGGGAAAGCUUUCAUUAAUAGCUCUAAACUUAUUAGGCAUCAGGCAACUCAUAAUGAAGAGAAAUCCUAUGAAUAUAACUAGUUUGGAAAUUUAUUCCAUUUGUUUUUUAAAAUUUAUUUUAAGAAAGUGCAUUUGGUGGGAAGGACUAGUAUAAAAUGAUGCAUGUGGAAAACCUUUUAGUUAACCUUCUUUUAUUGUAUAUCUGGAAAUCCAUUUUCAAGAAAGAGAGAAAGCUGUGAACUACAUAUUCUAACAUAGCAAUUCCAUGAGCAGUGUCAGACUUGGCCCUUAUGUACAUCCUACAGAUGUAAUAAAUACUGACCCUUUUCCUUGCAGAUAACACUCAGAUCUGAAUCUGAGAGAGAAAACCAGUUAGAUAGACCUUUCUCCCCUCAUAGAGUAAAUGAAAUGCUUGUUGUAGAGAAGAUUGAAAAAGUGUUGUAGUUCAUAAAACUUAGGCUGGAAAACAGUUUUUCAGAGUGUCAUUCUACUACUUAAGUUCUCCAUUAGAUUGGGAUCUGUUUUGUAUGGUGCUUUGUUACAAGUGAAGAUUUUAUAAACAUUAGGAAAUUGGCCAUGAUAUGAAAUGAAAAACAGGACAAGAAUACAGAAAUUUUCUUUUCUAGAACCAUUAUGAUGUUUAUGUAUAGAUUAUAAUUGAAAGGGAUUAUGGGUGCAUCUAAUUGAUAUUAUGGUUAAUGUCAGGUUUUCUUUGUUUUCUGGAAUUUAUGCUGUUUUGCAACAAGAAAUGAUAUAACGAGUAAAAACAACAAAAGGCACAAAAAUUACCAUCUUGUUUGACCAUUUAGGAAAGACUAUACAGCCAGAUAGCAAAGAUCCCUCAGGGUUCUGAAAUUCCCAUUUCAUUUACCAUGAGUAGGCUGCUCCUUAGGACUUGGAUUCCCAGGAAUGUUCUUUGUUGAAAAUAAUUCCUUGGGGAUUUAGACCAGAAAGGGUCUGUAUGAGCAGUUGAGAACAUGUGGGCAGUACAGGGAGUGAAUGAGCUUAUUUUCAUAUAUUCAGAGCAGUAUAAAGGAGCACUGUUUCUAAGUGGGGUUUUUCCUCCCCAUGUUUGGUAUUAUUUUUUCUGUGGAAUGUGUUCCUAAUGUGAGGGUCCCCUGAGAGAGAGAGAGAGUGUGUGUGUGUGUGUGUGUGUGUGUGUGUUGCUACUCUGGCUGAGUGCUCUUCAUUUAAAUUAAGCCUGCAAGAGUGCUUUCUAGUCAAGCAAAUUUUAUAGGUACUCUUCAGUUUUUAAGAUUUUUUUCAUAUACCUUCAUGACCCUUGUCCCUGAAUCAUGAAUUCUGAUCCUGUAGGUAAUUGUGUGCCUAAAGCCUCUGUUCUUAAGUAAUAACAAAAUAAAUGCAGAGAUGAACUAAGAGCAGAAAAUAGAGGUAAAUUCUUUGGAGAAAAGGAAGAAAACCUAAAGUGAUAUCUGGUAGAGGUAAUUAGUAACAUUCUGUCCCCAUGAAAUGACCCUUGGGAACCAUCUCUUUGAGGAAUAAGCCAGAGCAUGUGCCAAACCUGACAAUGACAGAAAGUCUCAGGGGACAGUUGUUGAUGGCGGGAAACCUUGCUUCUAUCCCAGGAGAAUCAACUCUUAGUUCCAUUCAUUAACUUUUGGAAAGGACAUGGAAUUGUGGAAAAUCUUAGUUUAACAACGAAAACUAAAUAGUCUCUUCCCCCAAUUAUAAAGGCAAAGAUCUCUGAUUGUACAAAUUAAUAUAAAUACAGAUGGGUUAAAAAUUAGGGCUCUGAAGAUUUCAAGUUUUGGAAGUGAUUUAUUCCAAAGAAAUUUCUUUAGUAAAUGAAAUAUUUCAUCAACAAUGUGAAAUUUGUAAAACUGUAAAAACAUUUGAAAUAAGUAUUUGUGUGAGUGGUUGUGUGUGUGUGUGUGUGUGUGUGUGUGUGUGUGUUUUCUGGCUACCUGGCAAGGUUGAAUAUGUGUGUCAUGUUUGUGUCAUAAAUGUAUCAGUUCUUAGGUGGUGAUUUAUGGUUGCCAAGUGUUUGAAGUAAAAUAGAUUUUAAUAAUUAAAAAAAUUGGAAUAAUUUUCUGUCAUUUAUUCAAUAAUUUUCCUUUGCAAGAAAGGUGUGGUUAUUCCAAAAUGAUCAAUCAAAAAUAAAGAGAAGUAUCAACAUACCAAAAAUAUGAGUUAUAUUUCUUAGCCUAAAGUUUAGGGCUAAGAAAGGGUAUUCAAUAGCUUGAUUUUAAUUACACACACAUGACUGUGUAUACAUUCACACACAGACUGAGCAUCUCUAAUCUGAAAAUCUGAAAUCUUAAAUGCUCCCAAGUCCAAAACACUUUGAGUGCCAAAAUGAUGCCACAAGUGGAAAAUCCCACCUGUGCGAUUUAUGUGACAAGUUACAGUAAAAGUGCAGGCAUACUUAAAUUACCUAAGUUAUAGUGUAAAUUGUAAAAUUGUCAAGUGUCUGUGAAACAAAUGAAUUUCAUGUCUAGACUUGGGUCCCAUCCCCAAAUACCUCAGUAUGCCUAUGUGAAUAUUCUAAAAUCUGCAAUUCAGAGUACUUCUGGUCCCAAGUAAUGUGGAUAAAAAAUAUUGGAACUCUGUACAUGUUUUACAGGCCAGAUUUCAUUUCUUUCAUUUUACUUAGUAUAAUUGGAAAUAAAAGUGAUGGAAGUGUUUUUAAUAUCUGGAUGUUAAGAAAUCCUCUCCUGGGCUGGGGACGUGGCUCAAGCGGUAGCACGCUCGCCUGGCGUGCGUGCAGCCCGGGUUCGAUCCUCAGCACCACAUACAAACGAAGAUGUUGUGUCCGCCGAGAACUAAGAAAAAAUAAAUAAAUAUUUUAAAAAAUCCUCUCCUAGAACUAAUUUUUCAAAGAGUAAUUCAAAACUGAAUUCAGAACUGCCUAGGAAUUAUCUACAACCGUACUGCACUAAUAAAACGUGUAAAGAAAAAACUGCCCAGGAAGCAGGAAGGUGACUCCUCCGCCCAGAAGCUUUUCCUUUGGUUCUGUAUUUGGUUAGUUCACAUUUUUCUUCACCACAACCUGCCUUUUGAGAGGACAAAGAACAUAUUGACUCCUGCAACACACUUUAUGGCAGUGUGAAACCCUAAGGAUGUUAAUUUCUGAACUUUCUGCAUUGUUGAAAAAUGUCAAGGAUAUGCCAUUAACCUGAAUUACUAGUUUAUUUAAAAGUGACAAUAAUAUGUACAGGUGAUCAUAAGUGGAUCUGUUGAAAUUUUAGUAGUUGAGGAAAAGGUUAAAUAGAACAAUGUCUACAAAAAGGCCAGAAGUUUUUUCCUGAUGAAAUUUCAAAUUCAUUUAUCUGGUGUUAUCAUUCUCUAAUAGUUGUAUGAACAUUCCAUUAUUGAUACUCGGUAUAUAUAUUAUUAUGUUGCUCAAGGGUAGAGGGAGUUGCAAUCUUUUUAAAUAAUCUCAUGCUUGAAUUAGAUGCAAGUUCAGUUUGCUGAUCGUAUUGAUCAUCUAGAUUUGUAUGUAACACAUCAGUUCCAAGAUGUGUUCCCAAGAAGUAGAGCACUCAAGUCACCACAGCUUCCCCCAUGUGGUGCAUCCUCAACCUGUGUCCCACUAAGGAAGAUAGGAUGACGGGGUGGGAAGACAGCAUGACACUGGGGUAUUGUUCUCUGCACUGGAUAAAAUCCAGUUGUACGUUUUGUUUUUUAUUUAAAAGGAAGACUAAUGUUUUUGACUUUAAAUGAAACUAAAUUGUGGCUUUUUGUGAUUAUGUAUGAGACACUCAAAUUGUUUAGAAAACAUUGAAUUUAAAAACUUUUUAAACUAAAAUAUGGUGACUAGGUUACAGCUCAAGUUAAACUGUAAACAGCAACCCUUACAGGCUGAGCAGCCUCUUGGAUCACAUCUUAACCUGUGGACCUAUCUAUUGUGCAGCAGGUGAUCUGGAGCCAGGGCUCUUUGGUGAACAGCCAAAGGUAAUUUGGUGAACAGCUUAAGGUAAUUAAGGUAGAAAAAUUAAAAUGGACUUAACAUUUAUGGCCAAUAAGUAACAUUCUCAGAGACAUCUGUGUCAUGUUUUAUAGGCCACAGGGGCCCCUGACCCAAGCAGAGCCACCCAGGCAGGAACGCUGAUCGUUGAGAAAGCCUUAGUUACGGACACAUGGGUCAGGCUAGGUCUGCAGGAUCAAGAGUGCUAAAGUGCAAACUGGGAUUCUGAUAGUUCUCACAAAAGACAUUUAAUAUUGAUCAACCCAAAGUGUCCUGCAUGAAAGUUGUUAGCAGUUAUUGUUAUAUAGUCUCUGUAGGAAACGGAACCUUCUCCAGACUGAUUGCAAACUGUGGGUGUUUUCACACAUUGAAAGGAGCACCUAAAGGUAUAGAUUAUCGCCCCUUAUUAUCUGGUACUCAAGUUGACCUCUUCAUUACUUGUCUUUAGUGGGUCGGUGUGUGGGCCGCAUGAGGAUAUAGAUGUGACUAAUAAAUGGACUCAACCCCCUUGGAA